AUGACACUUUCUUCCUUUCUGAAGGUUCAUCCUCUGACCUUCAGAGGAACCUCAAACCCUAUUGAUGCGGAUAACUGGAUUCAAGCCAUAGAGCGAGAAUUACAGGCCCAGCAGGUUCCUAAAGAACAGUGGGUUGAGUUUGGAACCUACCAGCUGCAAGGUGAAGCUCAGCAUUGGUGGCAGGGCAUGAGGCGUAUUCUGCAGCCUGAUGAGCUGAAACAAGGCCAGAUGACUGUUACUGAGUAUACUAGCAAAUUUGAGGAAUUGUGUCACUUUUCACGGAUUUGUCAAGGAGCUCCUGAGGAUUUUGCUAAGUGGAAAUAUAUCAAGUAUGAAGGAGGCCUUCGGAGUGAUAUUCUAAGCUUUGUUGCACCUAUAGAGAUCAGGGUAUUUUCUAAACUUGUAAACAAAAGCCGAAUAGCUGAAGAAUGUGUAAGGAACGUAGCUGUGGCAAAGAACGAUAACUAG